AUGGCUAUGCAAAGGUUUAUAGCCGGUCUAAAAUCGCCUUGGGCGGUGGGAUUUUCGACUUUUGGGCUUCUGUAUGGCGGCUACAACAUCAUCGAGUAAGUGUGUUAAAAGAAUGCGUAUAUAAAUUUACAGUAUGACACAAUCAGGCAAACGGUACGACUUAGAAGCUGAUCUUACCGGCAAAACUUAUAUUGUCACUGGUGCCACUAGUGGAAUUGGAAAGGUCAGUUUGCUUUAGCUACUGUAAAAUCUUUAUUUAAAUAACGGUUGUAGAAAACCUGAAUUUAACGUUUUUAAAACUGACUUUUUUGUUACUUUAUCUUUGAUGUGUUAGGAAACAGUGGAAGAGUUGGCCAAGAGGAACGCCCGUGUCAUCAUGGCGUGCCGUGAUCGGCAGAAGUGUGUGUCUACCAGACGAGACAUUGUGUUAACAACAAAGAACAAAAACGUUUUCUGUCGACAGGUCGAUUUGCAAAACUUUGACAGUGUAAAAGAGUUUGUCGCCAAGAUUAACGAGGGCAAGUUUAAGUUGGACAGAAUUGAUGGUGUCAUCAACAACGCUGCUGUCAUGAAGCAGGCAAGGACUAUUAACCAGGACGUAAGUUUAAUUUUUGGAAUUAAAAUACUAAAGUAAUGAUAAAAGCUCAUAUAAUUUAAAUACAUUUUUUAAAAUCGUUUUAAAUGUGUUAUACAUACAGGGAAUUGAAGAAAUGUUGGCUACCAACUUCUUAGGUACCUUCUUAAUGAACGCUUUGUUGUUACCUAAACUGUUGGAUCAAGACCACCCAGUUAGGCUCGUGUUUUUGAAUACAAAUCUUAUCAAUAAAGUGUAAGUAUUGUUUUUCAAUUUUUCAUUUAAAUGUCUUUACAACAAUUUUUAAAAAAUUUAUUUUUUUAGUAAGGAUCUUGACAUUAACAACAUAAACAGUGAACCAGCCGAAGGUAAAAAGUUUGAUGGUCAUGAAGUGUACAAAACUACCAAGUUCUCAGAAGCUGCUUUUGCAUUGGAACUGGCAGAGCGAUUGAAGGGUGGGUUAAGGUUUUACACAGCAUUUUUAACAGUGAACUAUAAGAUACAUUAUUUGACAUAGAGACUAUAUUGACUAUGUUAUUUUAGGUUCAAAUAUCACAGUGUUGAUGGCAGAUCCAGGCAGAACAUCGACGAAUCUGGAGAAAGAAUUGAGUCAUAAUGACUUCUUUUUGAGCAGAUGGUUAGUCGGGUUCACUGGCUUCUUGAUGGGACAAAGAAAGGUUCAGAAGGCUGUCAGGCCAGUGUUAUACGCUACGGCCGACCCCGACGUCGAUGAUAAGACCAAGAUCUUUAUUGAGCAAGUUUUUUAUAUUUAUGUAAAUGUUUAUCUUAUUUAUUUAAUGUGUGUAGUUAAAUUAUAUAUCAUAUUCAUCUUACAUUUUAGUCGGGAAAGAAAACCCCAAACAUGGUCGGAACUAUUGGACGACGAGAAUCUGAGGCAGAAGCUCUGGCUACUGGCUGAGAAAUGGACGAAUUACAGGGAACGAGCGCUACAGCUCAAUCCAGCAGCAGUUACAGUAGCUCCAGCUUCGAAAACAGAAGAAACGAAGCCAGGAAGGAAAUGGUUUUACUUUUUUUAA